AGGUUCUAAGGCGGUCAUUAUUUUAUUCGUCACCUCUGCAUCAGAGCUGUGACCACAGGUUACCUAAGACCAUGCUACUAUACUCAACCCAAAGCCUGGCAGAUAUUUAUUAUUUACAUUAUUAAUUACUUACAGAACUAUAUCAAGAUGGCUAAUACAAAUGAAUAUAACCAGUUUCUGGAUAAUAUUGACAAGAAGAAAGUCUUAGAGUGUGCCAUAUGCCUUAAGAGAAUCCAGAAUCCAAAACUCCUCAAAUGCCUGCAUAGUUUCUGUUUGGCCUGUCUUGAAAAAGGGGUUAAGAAGAAGCGUAAGCUGACUUGUCCAACUUGCACAAAAUCACAUCCCAUUCCAGAGGGCGGGCUUCAGACGCUUCCCACAAACAUCUUUCUUAAUAAAUUGUUGGAAGCUCUUGAACAAUAUGAUAAAAAAGAUCAGAUCAUGACAUGCAUUUGUGGAAAAGCAGAGGAAUACUACUGUCAGGACUGCAGACAUUAUUUGUGUUCUUCUUGUAGAGAUUAUCAUAAAAUACUGCCACUGUCGGCAAAUCACAAGCUGCAUACAGUGUAUGAUGUGCGCUCAAUGACUCCACAGGAUUUUGCUUUGUUAAGUCCUCUGUUGUGCUCACUUCACUCUAAGCCUUUGGAGUUGUACUGCCAAGAUUGUAAAACUCCAAUAUGCUUGCAUUGCACAUUAAUAGAACACAAGGAAGGGAAGCACAAAACGAUAAGUUUUUCAGAAGCAUUUAAAACAUUUAAAGAAACUUCAGCAACUCUGAAGGAAGCUGCUCAUGAUUGUAAGAACAAAUUACAAUGUGGCCUCGAAGCAGUUAUUGAAAAUACUGCAAAACUAAAUCAAUGUAGAGGUACUGUUUUGAAAGAAAUUGACACUCGUGUGCAAGAUAUAAUGCAGAGAGUCAUGGAGGAUGGAAAUAAGUUAAAAAAAGAAGUAGAGGCAGUCUAUAAAAUAAAAAAGCAGGUAAAUGAUGAACAAGUGGAUGAGAUAACAGCAAUAUUAUCUGAUGUAAAUAUAAAAUUGUGUUUUCUUAAUCUGUUAUUGAAUAAUGAUGAAGCAACUGCAAUGAAAUCAAUUGAAACAGUUAUUGCAGCGUUGCAGGAUAGAAUCAAUGAAACGUCCAAGACAGAGCCAAAAGAUAAUGGGCUAAUUUUACUCACUACAGACAAAUGCCAGAAGUAUGAUAUAGGUAAAAUAGAAACGCAAAUGAAGACAGCAGAGUCUCUGACAUUAAAGCGACGUGUAUCUGCCAGCCAAGGUCGAUGUAAUUCUACAAAAGUAAUGAAAACAAAUGAAUGUGAUUUAGAUGAAAAUCAGCCAGCGGCAACAUGGACGCAUCCAACAAGAAAAGCCAAUGUCGCUCAACUUGAAGACAACAACGGAGAUUAUGUUGUGACAAGAAAAUCCACAAGUCCAGGUAUUUGUAGACGUGAUGUGAGUGCUGAUAAUGAAUCACUCACGCAGUCACCAAUAAUUGAAGAGAAAGAAGGGUUAGUAAAUACCAUUCAAAUAUACCAAAAAAGUAAGUUAUUUGGUCUUGUUUUGUGUGAAGAUGAUUGCUUUUUGGUUUCAUGUGGUAGAAAUGAAAUGUACAAGUACAAGCAAUCUGGAGAAUAUAUUGCCAAUGUUACACUACCAAAAGGUGUUGAAAUAUUUUCUAUGUACAAAAUGAAAAAUGGUAACGUAGCAUUUAGUGAUGAAGGACGUAAAAAAUGCAUCACAAUAGUAAAGAUGAAUGGUGAGGUAAUCAAAUCAAUUGGUCAGGGAAUACUGAGAGAUCCAGCUGGGAUCCAUGUGGAUGAGUCAUCAAAUGUUGUGUACGUAGCUGAUUGGAAAAAUAAAUGUGUGUACAUGUUUGACAUCGAAAGUGGCAAAAUGAUCAGAAAAGUAAAGUCACCAGAAAAAAAAACAAAAAAUGUCCAUGAUGUUGCACUUACAAAGCAAGGACAUAUUCUUGCAUUAGAGAGAGAUCCUAAAAAGUUUUGCCAAAAUACAUUGCAACUAUUUAAUAAUGAAGGAAGGUUCAUGAGAGUGCUUGUUGACGGUAACCAGCAUGGCAUAGCAGGUUUUCGAGAAGUAGUAGUUGAUGAGGAUGACAACAUCAUUCUCAUAAGUACAAAAAAAAUACACCACUUUUCCAAUGAUGGAAAGUUUAUCAAAAGAAUUGAUAAACCAGAAGACAGAAUCACUAAUCUUGGUGGAAUAUGCUUAAUUUCAAAACACCCACGGAAAGUUGCGGUGGCAAAUAAUGAUGGUGAAGCCUACACUAUAAAAAUAUAUAUUUACUGAAGUGUACUUUAAAUCUGCUGAUUUCACUUGAUUUUUAUUGAAAUGUGAAGUAGCAUUAUGUGUAUUUAUUUAUUUUUUUUGCAGGGUUACAUAUUUAAAGCAUUUUUCUUGCUUAUUUUGUAACCUUUUCCUUUAUCUGCUACCAUUGUAUUCUUUUGCUGAUAAUUGUAUUGUUUAGUAGUAAAACUUUAUUUAUUCACGAAGCACAAAUCAACAAAUACAAUGCUGUUUUUCAUUAUGGCCGUGAGAUACCUUAUUUACAAUUAACAAAUUACAC